AUGACCCUGGUGCCCUUGGCGACCCCAGUCCCCAGCCCCUGUGUCACCACCAAGCCCAAUGUCACCAACCCAGCCCAGCCCAGGCUGACCCUGACCCUGAUCCAAGCUCCAGGGCUGGCCACGGGGGAGGACAACGAGUUUUUCAUCGACUUCCUGCAAAGGCUGCUGCUAGGCUCCGCAGAGGAGCUCUAUGAGGGGCCCCUGGGCAAGUGCGACGUCAGUGCAGACGCUAAGGCGGCGGUGACCGAGCUCAAGUCCUGCGUAGAUGGCCUGCGGCCCAUGCACAAGGCGGAGCUGGUCAAGCUGCUGGUGCAAGUGCUGGGCAGUCAGGACGAUGCCUAG